AUGGCAAUCGUGAAUCACAACUAUUCGCUUCGAACAGAACCCGAAGGCGGCUUUAAGACGCUAGAUAGCUUUUAUCCUUACUAUUUGGGAGAGCAUUGCCACAAGACGAAUCGUCGACUCCACAUUAUAGGAACAACAAAUUCCGUCCUUAUUACAAUCUUGGCUAUUGUUAGAAAGCGUCCCCAGCUUCUGUUGCUGUCGCUGGUACAAGGCUACGCUUUAGCCUGGCUAGGCCAUUUUGUGUUUGAGAAAAACAAACCCGCCACGUUCAGAUACCCAAUAUAUUCGUUAAUCUGCGACUUCAAGAUGUGGUCUGAGGUGGUCACUGGCAAGCGCAAGUUUUAA